AACAACAAAUCAAAAAUACAUUUCAAUUAAUUAAUUAAUUAGCCAAAGAGCUAAAGGCGAACAUGAAGUAUAGCGUUUGCCUGGCCAUCGGCCUGCUGGCAAUGCUUGCUGCCCACUGCACAGCUCUGCCUAUGGCCAACGAGGAGGAGCUCGUCUCACUGGACUCCAUGGAGCAGGCGCAAGGGCAAGGGCAAGCGCAAACACAGGAAUUGCCGCACAUCUUGAAAAUAGCGCCCAAACAACAAACGAACUCCGAACUGGAGCUAAGCAAUAGCAACGUAUACGACACCAUAGUGGAGCAGCUGCGUGCAGCGGGCGUCCACACAUCCGAGCAGCAGGCGUUGAACACGCUCAGCUAUAAGGAGCUGACACGCCUACUCGCGCUGUGGCACAUGGCCCAAGGACGCAACUACUACGAGGCCAGCGACAAUCGUGUCCAGCCCGCAGCAGCCGCAACCACAGCACAGCCAAUUCCUAGCUAGGCUUCGCCUUCGCCUGGAUCAGUUAUAUUUUAAAAAAUCUUUGUUUAUUAUUUCUAAGCAGCUUCUUCAUUAUCAAAUGUACAACGCGUUGCACUUA